GGAGCGCGCGGGCGGCGGACACUCGCCCCGCCGGGCCCUGCGCGCUCCGCCCGGCCGGCCCGAGCGCUGACCUCGGAGGCCGCACGGCCGGUGGCCAGCGCCGCGCGGGCGGGUCCUGCAGGCCGCGGGCCCGGGCGGCGCGGACGCCCGCGGAGUCCGCGCGGCGAGCGCACGGGCGGCCCGCGGAGGCGCCGCCGGGGCGAAAGCCCGGAGGGCGGCGGGCGGAGGUGGUAUCUGAAAACUAGACAAUGUGCCUCAGUAGAAGUUGUUGCUUUCUCCAUCGCCCAGCACCCAUAGCAGUGCCCGCCACACCCUUGUCUUGAGAACCUCAUGAGGUUUUCAGGUCUUCCAUGAAGAAAGUCUUGGCCUAAGAGAGGAUGUAGCACCCGCCUGUGACCUGGAGUUGUUCUUCACCCCUGAGAGCUGUGUGCCGACGGCGGCAUGCUUCCUGCCUUGCCCCUGUGAGGAGGCGACCCGCUGCCAGCCGGCACUGCCUGUUGACUAGGCCACUCCAGUGCACUGGCUCUCACCAGCAUCUAGCCAUGGGGGAUAUGAAAACUCCGGAUUUUGAUGAUCUUCUGGCUGCCUUUGACAUCCCAGAUCCCACCAGCCUUGAUGCAAAGGAGGCCAUCCAGACACCCAGUGAGGAGAACGAGAGUCCCCUGAAGGCACCUGGCAUGUGCAUGGAGGAGGCUGUAUCCUUGGUCCACGCGGGGGCCACCUCUGAUGUUCCGGCUGUGAGUGUCAUCGUCAAGAACACCAGCCGCCAGGAGUCCUUUGAGGCGGAGAAGGAGCACACUGCUCCCAGCAUCCUGCACAACGGCUUCCGGAGUACAGAGCUGCCCGCAGACCCCCACGGCCUGGGGCACGACUGUGGGAAGUUUGAGGCGGCCUUUAUGAACGGCGACAGUAGCCGGACUGUCUCUGGCAAACUGGAGCCUGCAAAGUCGGAGCCUCUGCCCACCUUUGACCAGUUCAGCCCCAUCUCCAGCCCAGAGCCUGAUGGUGCCGUCAAAGAUAAUGGGUUUGGGGGAAAGGCCAAGCACCCCGACAGUUACUUCCCAACCCCGCCCGGGUGCGGGUCUGUGGCGGGGCCUGUUCUCGAGGCUCUGGCCAAGUUCCCCGUGCCGGAGCUGCACAUGUUUGAUCACUUCUGUAAGAAAGAGCCAAAGCCAGAACCACUUCCCCUGGGGAGCCCGGAGCAGUGUGAGCGAGGCGGCCAGAAGGCUGAGUCCCACAAGGAGCUGGAUGCAGGUCGGAUCUUUGGGGAGGCCUUGGAGCUCAACAGCCACACCGGGAAUAGUACUGGGGAGUCCAGGAGCCUGGCCCCGGAGCUCGCGUCCUGCUCGUCGGUACCCCCCCGCCAGCGGCUCAAGCCAGCUCAUUCCAAACUCUCGUCUUGUGUGGCAGCGCUGGUGGCCCUCCAGGCCAAAAGGGUGGCCAGUGUCACCAAGGAAGAGCAGCCGGCCCCACCCAAGGAUCCUUCAGGGCCCAUGAAAGAGGCCUCCAAAGGUAGCCCCAAGAUGCCCAAGUCACCGAGGAGUCCCCGCAGCCCGCUUGAGGCCGCCAGGAAGAGCGCGAAGCCCUCAGAUAGCCCGCGGAGCAUCUGCAGUGAUGGCAGCAGCAAGGGGUCCCCACCGGCAAUCCCCAAAGUUAGAAUCAAAACCAUCAAGACGUCAUCAGGCGAGAUCAAACGGACCGUCACGAGGAUCCUGCCCGAUCCUGACGAUCCCAGUAAGUCCCCCGUGGGGUCACCGCUGGGGAGUGCCCCGAAUGAGGGUCCAGAGGAGGAGGCCCCCCGUCCGCCUGGGGUGGAAGGCUCUCCGGAGGCGGGCCCCACUUUAGGAAGCCCUGCGGGUGACAGGAAGGGGGACGGGAGCCUGAGCCAGGCAGGCACCUCCCCUUCUCCCUGCAGCAGCUCUGGGGCCCGCACCACCAAGGGGGCUGCUAAGAAGCCCCCGCAGAGUACCGGGCUGCAGGCAUCUACCCCGGGACCUGCCAAUCUGCUGCCCAAAGCUGUGCACCUGGCCAAUCUAAACCUGGUGCCUCACAGUGUUGCCGCCUCCGUCACAGCCAAGCCUUCGGCGCAGCGGCGCGGGCAACCGCAGCCCACGCAGAUGUCCGUGCCCCUGGUCCACCAGGUGAAGAAGGCCGCCCCGCUGGCCGUGGAGGCCUUCAGCAAGGUUCUGCACAGCUCCAACCCUGUGCCCGUCUACGCACCCAAUCUCAGCCCGCCUGCUGAGAGCAGGAUCCAGGUGCCGGCCUGUGGCCACUGCUGCCUGGAGUGCGGGGACGCCUUCGCCUUGGAGAAGAGCCUGAACCAGCACUAUGGCCGGCGCAGCGUCCACAUCGAGGUGCUGUGCGUGCCCUGCUCGCAGACGCUUCUCUUCUUCAACAAGUGUAGCCUGCUGCGGCACGCCCGUGAUCACAAGAGCAAGGGCCUCGUCAUGCAGUGCUCCCAGCUGCUGGUGAAGCCCAUCUCCGCUGACCAGAUGUUUGUGGCGACCCCCGCCAGCUCCCCUGUGCCGGCGCCCCCAGCUGCCACCUCCCCCAAGCCCAGCCUACCUUCGGCCAGUGCCAGCUCCUCACUACCGGCCUUGCCGCUCUACCCGGACCCCGUGAGGCUCAUCCGGCAUGGGGUCAAGUGUCUGGAGUGCCAGCGGCAGAUGCGUGACUACAUGGCCAUGGCGGCCCACUUCCAGAGGACCACGGAGGAGACGGAGGGGCUGACCUGCCCUGUGUGCCAGAUGCUGCUGCCCAACCAGUGCAGUUUCUGCGCCCACCAGCGGACGCACGCACACAAGUCCCCCUACUGCUGCCCGGAGUGUGGAGUCCUGUGCCGCUCGGCCUACUUCCAGACCCACGUAAAGGAGAACUGUUUGCACUACGCCCGGAAGGUGGGCUACAGGUGCAUCCAUUGCGGGGUUGUGCACCUGACCUUGGCCUUGCUGAAAAGCCACAUCCAGGAGUGGCACUGCCAGGUUUUCCACAAAUGUGCAUUUUGCCCCAUGGCCUUCAAGACCGCCAGCAGCACUGCAGAGCACAGCUCUUCCCAGCACCCCAGCCAGCCUCACAAGCCUUCCCAGCUCAUCUACAAGUGCUCCUGUGAAAUGGUCUUCAACAAGAAGAGGCACAUGCAGCAGCAUUUCUACCAGAAUGCCAGCACGGCGCAGGUGGGCGUCUUCAAGUGCCCCGAGUGCCCCCUCCUGUUCCUGCAGAAGCCGGAGCUCAUGUUGCACGUCAAGAGUGUCCACGGGGUUCCUCGGAAUGUGGACGAGCUGUCAAACCUCCAGGCUUCGUCAGACCCGUCCUCCAGCCGCCCUGGUUCUCGGGAUCCUGCCGAGCCUCCGGCCCCCAGCGUGGCUUCCCGAGGGAGCUCCCUGCCCUCCAGCCGCUGGGGCCGGCCCGAAGCCCAUCGCAGGGCCGAAGCCAGGCCCCGGCUGCGGUCCACGGGCUGGACCUGCCCGGAGUGCCAGGAAUGGGUCCCUGACCGGGAGAGUUAUGUGUCCCACAUGAAGAAGAGCCACGGACGGACGCUGAGGCGCUACCCCUGCCGGCAGUGCGAGCAGUCCUUCCACACCCCCAACAGCCUGCGCAAACACAUCCGCAACAACCACGACACCGUGAAGGAGGAGUAUGUGUGCGGGUAUUGCACCGAGGACAGCCCCAGCUUCCCUCGGCUCUCGCUCUUAGAGAGCCACAUCAGCCUUAUGCACGGGAUCAGGAACCCUGACUUGAGCCAGUCGUCCAAAGCCAGAGCCCCCGGUGGACAGCCCCCUCAGGUGAACCAUCGGAAAAGACCCGUCAGCGGGGUGGGGGGUGCCCCAGGCACCAGCAAUGGCCUGACGGUCUCUUCCACCAAAAGGCCCAAGUCCCUUUUCCAGUGUGCGAAAUGUAGCUUUGCCACAGACUCAGGGCUUGAGUUCCAGCGCCACAUACCUCAGCACCAGACAGACAGCUCCACGUCCCAGUGCCCCUUCUGCGCCCUGUGCUACACCUCUGCCAGCUCCCUCAGCCGCCACCUCUUCAUCGUCCACAAGGUGAGAGAUCAGGAGGAGGAGGAGGAGCCGGAGGCGGGCUCUGCAGAGGAGGUGGCUGUGGACCCCAGGGAGAAUGGACUGGAAGGAUGUGCUGCUGAGCCCUUGGCGGGCGGCUCCGAGGCCAGGCGCUCCGUGGGCCCAGGUUCCCAGGAGGACGGUGCUCCGGCCGCUCAGAGCCAACCACAGGCCCCUCAGGACCAGGACAGCGGUGCUCCAUCCCCUCAGGUGUGACCGAGGCUGUCGGGCCUGUGCUGAGGCGCACCCUGGUCACGUGUCCAGUGGGAGGUUGAGGUCCUGCCCCUGUGUGAGAGUGGCCUGGAGCAGGCGUGGGGUGGGGUCACCUGAGGACCCUCGCCGUCCUGGACUUGCUUCUGUUAUUUAUGGCUUUGUGCUGCUUCUUGGUACCCCGAGUCUGGUCUGUGCCCCUCCAUGCCCCGGCUGCCCUGGCGUAAGUGGUCUCGCCCCAGUGCUGUUGCCGCGGUUGGGAGCCCCAGUGGCCGUGCCCCUCUCUAGGGUGCUGCUGUAGCCUCCUGCCAGGGCCUCCUAGAGUGCUUAUGGCCCGCCGCUGGCCUCUGUUGCUCCCUUGGAGCUGGGAAGGGGGUGAGGGUGCUCCUGUUGGCUCUGAUUCUUUCUCCCCAAAGAGAAUCGUCCUGACAGCUCCCAGGUGUGGGGGUGGCGCUGGGGGGCAGUGAGGCGGCCGCGGGCAGGCCCUCCCUGGAGCUGCAAUCUUGCUCCGCCUGCUCCUGCUCAGAUGGGGUGUCUGUGCCCUGGUCCUGGGCUCUCAGGCUGCCACCCCGGCCACUCCUGUUGCUCAGACCGUAUUUCAAAUAAAAACAUCUUCCUACCAUGCAGGGAGGCUCCUGUAUUCCUCUCCAGCUGAGCCGGGGCCUGCCCAAGGAGCCUGGUGCCCCUCACUGCCCCGUCCCUGAGCUGCUUCCCUCUGCGCUCAAGAGCCUCUGGAGAUGUCUGAGGGGGAGGGGUCUGGUGACACGGACAGGAGGGCCGCUUGGGACUCUCUGGUAUCUCUGUCUCCUCCACGUAGCUCACCAUCUGGAACAUGUUUCCAGUGAGGGAGGGCUGGCAGGAGGAACCCUAUGGUGUUCGUGAAGAGUUCAAGAGACCCUGGUGUCACCAUGGCUGCCAGUUCUGAUGUGGCAAGACUGGGACAAGCAGGGGCAGGCUAGACUGGCUUUUCGCUAAUGGGAGAGUUGGGGGGAGCCAGCUGUGUGGUUAGGCCGCGACCUCUAACCCAAGCAGCCUGCCCGCCCAGGCAGGAUGGGAAUGGGGCCUGACAUAGCAAGGGGGUGCUGGCCGAGGCCUUAGGGUGACCUUUCAAAGGAGGCAUUGAAUAUCAGUGAUAAAUUAUUAAGGCAGAUAAAUAUGCCUGACCUUUCCACAAUUGAAAAAAGAAAUCUGUUUGCUUCCUCUAGCAAAUGCCAGGUCCUUCACGGACAUGCUAAUGCUUGCCUUGGUUUCUGGGGGCCUUUGGUAUAGGGCCUGUGCCUCGCCAGCCCAUGUCAGAGGCAGAGUCUAGGGGGCUGGAAGGCAUGUACCACAAGGUUGUGUGGACACAACCUCUGGAGGAAGGGGAUGGAGGGCUCUUGGUCGCCCACGCUCCUGACCCCAGAUCCGUCUCCUUCCUGGAAUGGGGUGGAGUGGUAAGAAUGUCUGGGUAUCCUCAGCCAGGAGAGGCAAGCAGCAGCGUGGGGUGACCUGCCCCAGGCCAUGAGGUGCUGGAAUACGAUCACCCUGUCCGGGUCCCAGCUGCAGAUGCGGGUUGCCAGCCUUGAGUGACCAGGGCUCCCUGCGGCCACUGAGUGGGAGCAAGAAGGCGCGCACUGCCCACUCUCUCCCAGCCUGCGGCCUCUUGCUGACAUUCCCAGCGGUUCCUUGGUCCUCAGUGGCUGCCCGAGGCCUGGCCCACCUGCCUCUCCGGAGUGUGAUGUCAGUGGCCGUCUCUUCCCUCCCCUGUGACUUGGGUACCCCCGACUGUCAGGUCCUCUUCUGAGUCCAUCUGUGCCUUGUCACCCAGAGAAGACCAGGUGCACACACUGUGUCUUCUGCCCUUUUCACUCUCACGGGGACUCACCUGUCAUCGCUGGGGCCUGUCCCAGGUGCAGCUGUCCAGCUGUCGAGGGGAGCACGUCCUUGGAUGGUUUUGUGGUCUUGUUGUCAGGAGAGAACAAUUGCUUCAAUGAGCGCUGAGCUGCACCCCUGGCGGCUGCUGCGCUGAUCCAGUUCCACAGAUAAGGCCUCACCCUCUCGACGGCUACAGCCCUGUCAGUCCUGGCGGAUGGUCUUCAUUUCCCUGACCGCUUUAUCUGUAAAAUGAUCUGCGGCCUUGCUGGGAGCUAACUGGUGUAGAGAGAACCGUUCCCUUAACGCAUGUCAACAGUCUGGCCUGUGAGCACGUCCCAGCUGUUUCCCACCAGACCAACACAUGUUGCCUCCCCCCAAAAUCGAGCCCCCGACCGUCACCCCCUGCUCGCUGUAUUCACUGUACAGUCAGCACCGGGCACGCUUGCUUUUACUUAUUAAAAAAGAUUUAAAAAAAACUGCGUAUACAUGAUAAGAUGUUGAGACUUUACAGAGUGGAAAGCGAGCUUCCCGCCGGCAGUCAGCCCUCCGAGCCCUGUCCCCCUCGCGCGACUCACUGUUAUCUUGUGUACCCUUUACGAGCAAUUCUAUGCAUUUAUAAGUUUAUAAAUAUGUAUAUUUAUAUAUCUAUUUUUAAUACAAAUGGUAGCAUUCUAUACACAGUAUUCUGAAGCUCAGGUUA